UGAUGGAGUGCCGAGGUGUUGGUCGUCAAAAAUAUUUUUCGAAUGUCUGAAUAUUAGCAAGACAAGAAGUUGUAAAAACCGUGAUACUACUUCCCAGUCGAGCAAAAUCAAGGAGAAUCUUUUCUUCCCUGGUGGCGGGAGAGUGAUUUACAAGAAGUCGUCGGCAUUCACGCCUCGAAUAGCCUCCCCAUUGGGAUCCGAGUUCCGCGUACAUGCUGAUUCGUCACUACACGCUUGUAAACGGCACCUCUUCGGCUGACGUCGGUGUUUUUAUAAUCGGAGCAGUGAAAUUGCAAGCGUCGAUGGUUCGGAACGUGUUGCGCGGCUUUCAUAGUUUUCGAUAGCUACGUAGAUUAUCAUAUAUACAUAUAGUAAUUACUACAGGUGACUCCAAACGAUCACUGAUUCUCCGAUUAAUUGUCAGACAGAGGGCAAAACCCUAAACUAUGGCCCGGGAAAUCUUGUGCAGGUGGACGUGGCACUUAUUAUCCUUUAUUUCUACAUUGAUUCGAACGGCAAUUGCGAGGAUUCUAAUUAGAAUUGGGUGUUAUUCAAAUCCGGAACAACUGACUGGUCGUCGGGCCUCGAAAUCGAUCGUUGCCGAUCAUAAAUUUUGCCUCAAUAGGUGCAUGGGGAACAACAGUAGGGGCAGUGGUUUUAGUCACGGUGAAAAUCCCGCGUCAAAGUAUGCCCGUAAAGUUCAAAAUAUAGUCGAUACUGCACAUGAAUCGGUAAUUGGGAAACUCAAAACCAGCAGGGCGAAGAUGGGCUUACGAAAGCAAAAAACACUUAACGGCCCUUCAGGUCUGCCAUUUCUGGGUUGUCUACACUUGCUGGGAGGACCAGGUGGACCUUUUCAAGCUUUCGCUGUGAUGAGCCGGAAGUACGGCGAAAUUUACGCCCUCAAGCUGGGAUCCUCCAGGUGCGUCGUCGUCAGCAGCUAUCGCCUCAUCAAGGAAGUCUUGGUCACCAGGGGCAAAGAUUUCGGUGGUCGACCUGACUUUCUUCGCUUCCACGAGUUAUUUGGCGGUGACCGCAAUAACUCGCUUGCAUUGUGCGACUGGUCGGAGUUGCAAAAAACCCGUCGCGCAUUGGCCCGCAGCUACUGUUCACCUCGUAGCGGAAGUGUGCAACAGGGUGAUAUAGACCGAGUAGCAUCGAUAGAGACGAAUCGUUUGAUCGACGUCCUCGGUGCCGACGAGGCGCUACCGGUGCGACGGGGCGAGAAGCCUGUAAAGCCGUUGCUGUUGGCCGCCGUCGCCAACAUGUUUACGAGGUACAUGUGCUCCUCCUGGUUCAGCUACGCGGAUCCGGAGUUCCGGAGAACGGUACGAAUAUUCGAUAAAAUAUUCUGGGAAAUCAACCAGGGUUACGCGAUCGACUUUCUCCCGUGGUUGAGCCCUUUUUACAAAAGUCACAUGAAGCGACUGAGGACUUGGGGCACGGAUAUCCGCUCUUUCAUCCUCGAAAGGAUUGUAAACGUGCGUCGGUCGAGUCUGGAUCCGGAGAACGAGGUCCCCCGGGAUUUCACCGACGCGCUACUCCUCCACCUCGAGUCUCCGGACACGAGCCUCUCCUGGGAGCACGUAAUCUACGAGCUAGAGGACUUCUUGGGCGGGCAUUCGGCCAUAGGCAAUCUGGUCAUGCUGGUUCUCGCUCACGCCGUCGGACAUCCUGAGGUCCAGGGGAGGAUUCAAGCGGAAUGCGACGCCGCUCGACAACGCCGUAAUCACCGGCUUGCGGAUCUCGGCGACAGGCCCGAAAUGCCCUACACGGAAGCCGUUAUAUGCGAGACUCUGAGGGUCUCGAGUUCCCCGAUAGUUCCUCACGUCGCUACGCAAGAUACGGAGGUCGACGGGUAUGCAAUAAACAAGGACACCGUUGUUUUCGUCAACAAUUACGAGCUCAACUUCGGAGAGGGAUACUGGGGCUUCGGGGCGGAAAAUUUUUGUCCUGAACGUUUCUUGGCCCAGUCGAAGGAUCCGGGGGGAGGUUCACGGAGGUUAAUCAAACCCGCUCACUUUCUCCCAUUUUCUACCGGCCAGAGGACUUGCAUCGGGCAGCGGCUUGUUCAGGCGUUUACGUUCGCCACUGUAGCUGCAAUUUUUUCGAAGUACAACGUCGCAGCCGCAGACGGGAUCACUCCCGAAAAUUUAAAAGCUCAUCUUACACCAGGUUGCGUCGCUCUACCGCCAGAUACAUUUCACGUUGUUCUAACGUACCGCGAUAAGCUUAAGGAAACCCUACAGGUUUCCGACGAAACAUGUUAUAUCUAGUCAAUUGGAUUUCCAUUAAUAAUGCCAGGCACAUAUCAACGAUUCUAAUAUUUUAGAUAUUACGCGAUAGUUAACACUGCGCUGCGGUUGGCUUAGACUAUCCAUACAG